CCGAGAACAACCUCCCCAUCUUUUUCAUUGGUUGGACAUCCUGAUGGACAGGUGAAAGGGUUUGCCGAAGAGUCUUGAGGAGCCGGGGGCUGUAAAAACGGCAACGUUGAUUAAGAAGCGGGCUUGGCGCGCGUGUGUGGGAGCUGCUUUUGGAUUCUAGGGCGUUGCAGCCAUGGGAGUGGAAGUCGAGACCAUUUCUCCGGGAGACGGAAGGACUUUCCCAAAGAAAGGCCAAACAUGUGUAGUCCAUUACACAGGAAUGCUGCAGAAUGGAAAGAAGUUUGAUUCCUCCCGAGAUCGAAACAAGCCUUUCAGGUUCAAGAUUGGUAGACAGGAAGUCAUUAAAGGAUUUGAAGAAGGAACUGCACAGAUGAGCCUUGGACAAAGAGUAAAACUCACUUGUACACCUGAUAUGGCAUAUGGAACAACAGGUCAUCCUGGAGUUAUCCCACCAAAUGCUACUUUGAUUUUUGAUGUGGAGCUUCUCAGGAUAGAAUGAAAUUGGGACUAAUAAUUUUUAAAAAAUCUGUUUAUCAGUGCUCUUUCCCCAUUCUUUUUAAUGGAAGAAAUCUCACUGAAAUUUAUAUCUUCACUCAAGUUGUCAUGCCAAUAAUGCUUAUGAAGUUGUUUUCCCUACUUCCUUUCCCUCUUUUUUUUUUUUUUUUUAAAAAACUGAUUAUUGGUAUUUGUUCAGUUAAUUGCUUCUUUGCUAUGGAAUGGAAGUUGUACAUUUUAUUUUGCACGUGAAACUUCAAAAUUGUGAUUAGAAUUAUAUAUAUAAUUGAAGCUAUAUACAGAUUUUACUUAUUGGACAACCACUGCCUUAUAAUCCACUAAAGGAACACCGGUGCUCAGAAAACAAGUGUACAUCAUGUACACACGGAGGCAUUAGCCAAACCAAAUUACCUGCGCUGCCACUUUUUUCUCAAGCUGUUCCACUUGCAGCUGUUUUAAUUAACACAUCAUGUGAAAA